CCAAUGACAAAAAAAAUGUCUAAUUUAGGCAUUUAUUUUGGUCGUAAUCGUCAUUAUGAAAAAAGGCCAUCAUCAUCAUUAUUAUUGGCUAGAAAAUCAUUUCGAAAAUAUAAUUUUAAACGAUUUCUAAUGAUUUCAACAUUAUUGGCCAUAAUUUCGAUCAUAACUAUCAGUUUUUAUUUUCCUGAUAGUCUUUGUUAUAUGAAAAAAUCAAUAUCCGAUUCAUCAGAUAAUAAUAAUAAUGUAAUUUCGAAUAAUUAUUUUAUACCACCAUCAUAUAAUCAACGAUAUUCAGAUGAUCAAAAAUUGAUCGAACAUUUAAAUAUUGAUCGAAUUUUAUUACAUAAAUUUGGUUAUGAUUAUGAAGAUUUUGUUCGUUUUAAAGCUGCCAAAAUUCUUAUGACUAGUUUUGAUGAAAUUUUUCAACAUCCAAAUACAAGCCAAAUAAUGUUUCAGAUUGAUUCGUCGAAGAAUGAUGUUUUGGUAUUUUUACAUAUGCAAAAAACCGGUGGAUCAGCAUUCGAUCGACAUUUAGUAAGAGAUUUGAUCCUACCACAACCAUGUAAAUGUGAUUCAAAACGAAAGAAAAAAUGUCGUUGUUUUCGACCGGGAACAUCGAAUAAAUAUUGGCUAUUUUCUCGUUAUUCUAUUGGUUGGAAAUGUGGUCUACAUGCUGAUUAUACAGAACUAACAAAUUGUGUUGAUAGAAUCUUGAAUCAAUUAGAAUAUCAAACAGAUCGUAUCAGUACGAAACGAAAUUUUUAUUUUAUGACAUUAUUACGCGAUCCAAUUUCGAGAUUUUUAUCCGAAUUUAAACAUGUUCAACGUGGUGCAACAUGGAAAACAUCUCGACAUUGGUGUGAUGGUCGAUUACCUACCAGUAAAGAGAUUCCGCGAUGUUUUCAUGGUACAAAUUGGCGUAAUGUUUCAUUGGAAGAAUUUAUGAAUUGUCCACAUAAUCUAGCAUUCAAUCGUCAAACAAGAAUGUUGGCCGAUCUUAAUCUAGUCGGUUGUUAUAAUCGUUCAUUUAUGACACGUGAAGAAAGAGAUUCAAUUAUGUUAUACAGUGCUAAACAAAAUCUUCGUCAAAUGGCAAUGUUUGGUCUUUGUGAAGAACAAUUAGCAACACAAUAUAUGUUUGAGAAAAUAUUUCGUUUAAAAUUUCGUCGAUCAUUCAUACAAUUUAAUCAAACACAUAGCCAUGAAGUAUUGACUUUAUUAAGUCAAUCAACAAUAGAAAAAAUUCGUGAUUUAAAUCAUCUUGAUAUGAAACUUUAUUCAUAUGCUAAACAAUUAUUUCGUAAACGUUUUGCUGCAAUUAAAAAUGAUGAUAAAAAUUUUGAAAAUUAUUAUCAAAAUUUAAUUAAAAAUUCACAAUUACAAUUAAAACGAUCAUCGAAAAUGGCCAAAAUGAACAACAAAUUUUCAACAAUCAAUAGCAGCAAUCAACCAAUUACUAAAACUAGUCAAUUAAAAUCAAUAAAUAUAAUAAUACCGAAUGAAUUGGAUAAUCAGAUUGAUGAUUCACCAAAUGAUAUUGAUUAUGAUGAUACAUUACCUAUGAAUGAUGAUUCAAAUGAUCCAAUCGAUGAUUAUUAUGUUUAAUUCAAACUAAAAAAAAUAUCAUUUUCAAUUUAAGCAUCUCCAAACUAAUAAGCUCAUUAGAAAAAAACAUUUCCAAAAUUCUUAUUCUACUUUCUUAACUAUUCUCAUUCAUUUUCUACACGUUUGUUGUUUGAAACUAAGUCUUCCAAUUUAUAUUUCAAAACACAAAACAAAACAAAA